AUGUACGUUUGUGGGACAGGUAUCUUCAUCAGCCCGACUGUUGUACUGGAGGGUGUGGGGUCCUCAGUGGGCUUAUCUCUCCUUGUGUGGACGCUGUGUGGAGUUGUGACCUACUGUGCUGCCAUGUGCUACGCUGAAUAUGGCACGCGUGUUAAGAAAUCCGGUGGCACCUACACCUACAUCCGAGAGGCGUUUGGAGAUCUGGCGGGAUUUGUGUUCCUAUGGACUCAACUGGUUCUGGUGCGUCCUCUGUCUGUGGUCUUGGCGUCCUUGGCAUCUGCAGAGUACAUCAUGAGGCCACUCUUCCAGGCCUGUCCUGACAUGGCACCAACAACAUCCAAAGUCAUGCUCGGCUUUGUCAUACUUGGGUUCUUUGUGAUGGCCAACAUGUACAGUGUACGACUGGGUGCCCGGCUGCAGACCAUUGCAACUGUUUGCAAGGUGUUUGCCCUUCUCAGUAUCAUCGUAGGAGGGCUGCUACAUUUAUGUCAAGGUCACACAGAAAACUUCAGCGAUCCGUUCAGGACCACCACCUUAAAACCCGGCAACGUUGCUAUGGCAAUCUAUGCUGGAUUGUAUGCAUAUGGCGGCUGGGACAACGUUAAUAUGGCGGUAGAAGAAGUCAUGAAUCCUCACAGAACGAUCCCUAUAUGCAUUCUUGGUGGCCUUGCCAUACCGACCUUGGCCUACAUUCUAGGAAACGUUGCCUACCACGCAGUUCUCACCAAUGACGAGAUCCUUUCUGGUAUUGCUGUUGCUGUUACCUUCGGAGAAAGAAAACUCGGAUUAUUCAAGUGGAUCAUUUUACCUUGUGUGGCGAUAUCGGCAGGAGGGAUUGCAAAUGCUGUUAUAUUCACGUCAUCCAGGUUAAACUUCGUUGGGGGACGUGACGGACUUUUCCCUCGAUUUCUGGGUAUGGUCAACGUUCAGAGAAGGACUCCGCAGCCAUCCAUCAUUACUCUGUUUCUGGUUGCCGUCCUGGUUAUGUGCCUUGGAGAUGUAAGGAGUGUCAUCGGAGCAUACUCUUUCUUCAAAGCAGGAGGGGAAUUCUUGGGCGUACUGGGAAUGUUCAGAAUUAGACGCAAACAUCCAGCUACCAAACAAACAUACAAGGUACACUGGUUGUUCCCGGUCAUCUAUGUUGUAUUUUUCCUGGCUCUGUCCAUCACGGCCGUCGUGUACGAUCCUAGAACAUACCUGGUCCCCUUCCUCAUCAUGCUUCUGGGUGUCCCUCUGUACUAUAUGUCUAGAAGUCGCUGGUGGCAAAGUGGACAUCUCGCCACGUUUAAUAGAUGGAUAAUUAUGAUAUGUCAUCGCCUUUUGUUAUGUGAACAUGCCUCUCAGGAAGCAGGCUGACAUCCUUGUGGACGUGUUCUCUAUUUGCAUGUGAGUGUGUUUACUGACAGCAUUCGUGACAUCAAGCUCAUGUUACAUGUAUGAAGAGAAAAUGGCAAUAUCCAUUUGGAAGAAAACCUUCACACAAACAGUACCCCGUGAUGAAGGAUUUGUAUACGUCCAACUGAUCGUGUGUAAUAGUUAAUCAGUACUGAAGGAUCGUUUUCGGUUUAUGUCAUAAAAACGUAAAUUUAAUCGGGGUUCAUACUUAUAGUCGACGUGUGUUGUAGUUUCUUAUUAAUAAUGCACUUUUAUGUUGUAUAUUCUCAGAUCGUGUCUAGUCAAUUGAAAUGUACUGUAAUGACCUGAAUUGAUUAUUCAAAAUAUAAACGUCACUAUUUGAGGGCGUGUAUCAUCUGUACGAGAGUUGAUCGAUCUUCUGAACAUUGCCUAGUGUGAGCGAAAGUGGGCAAGUGGUCAAAAACGCCAGGCGAGCAAGCACCAGGUGGUAAGACCGUAUCCGGCUAGUGAUCAGGUUGUUAUUCAGCCUUGGCACCAACAAUGUUUACAGGUCACUACCCCUUGUGUAUGGUACAUACACCUUGUGCAUUCAAACGAAACCACUCGUCCGAUGGUAGAUGACCAGAUUGUGGAAACACGAAUACGCACAUACAACCGAAAACACAAGUGUCAAAACCUGUAGUGUCACCCUAGGCUAGUGGCUUAGUUCAAAUAUACCUCUGUUCACCAAGCAGGGAAUGGGUACCUGAUAUGUGAGUUGGAUUAAAAACCUUCUUGCGCACCCAGGCAGCUUGGGUUGUACACUCACCAGGGAGUUGAGAAUGUACCUGGAAUGCAAACGGAUCCACUCGUCGGGGAACAAA